AUGCUCAUCAUCCGACCCCGAAGCUACGCCGGCAUCGCCCUCAUCUCAACCCUCCUCCUCCUCUACCUCUGGACCUCCUCAACCUCCACCCUAACAUCCUCCUCCUCCUCCUCCUCCUCACCACCCGUCUGGCGCACUCCCCAAUACGAAUCCUACUUCUGGACCACCCUCCCCAUAACCUACCCCCCGAAGGAAAUCCGCCCGCUGCCCACAACUCCGCCCCUCAAGUUCCCCAAGGUCCAGGCCCCGGCGCCGUCCGAGUCCCCGGAAGCCCUCCAGACGCGCCUCCAGCGCCAAGCAGCCGUCAAGCAAGUCUUCUCCAAAUGCUGGGCCUCGUAUAAGCGCCUCGCAUGGAAGGCGGACGAGCUCGCCCCCGUGUCGGGCGGCAAGAAGAACCCCUUUGGCGGCUGGGCCGCCACCCUCGUCGACUCCCUCGACACCCUCUGGCUCAUGGGCAUGAAGCCCGAGUUCGCCGAGGCCGUCGCCGCCGCCGCCGACAUCGACUUCACCAAGACGGAUCUCGACGAGGUCAACGUCUUUGAGACGACGAUCCGCUACCUCGGCGGCUUCCUCUCCGCGUACGACCUCAGCGGCGACGCGCGCCUGCUGCACAAGGCCGUCGAGGUCGGCGAGAUGCUCUACCGCGCCUUCGACACGCCCAACCGUAUGCCUAUCACCCGUUGGGACAUCCACGCUGCUAUGGCCGGCAAGAAGCAGACGGCGCCCCCCGGCCUCCUCGUCGCCGAGAUUGGCAGCCUGUCCAUGGAGUUCACCCGCCUGUCCCUCAUCACCCGCGACCCCAAGUGGUUCGACGCCGUGCAGCGCAUCACGGAGGGCAUGGCGUCGCAGCAGAACUCGACCGCGCUGCCAGGCCUCUGGCCCCUCGUCGUGAGCGCCCAGGACGAGGUGUACAACGUCGGCAACGCAUUCACCCUCGGCGCCAUGGCCGACAGCGUGUACGAGUACCUCCCCAAGAUGACGGCCCUCAUGGGCGGCCAGCUGCCCGUCUACCAGCAAAUGUACGAGGCCGCCAUGGCCACGGCCCUCAAGCACAACCUCUUCCGCCCCAUGACGCCCACCAACGAAGACAUUCUCGUCUCCGGGUCCGUCAAGGCCGAAAACGGAGAGACCACGCUCGACCCGCAAGGCCAGCACCUCGUCUGCUUCCUCGGCGGCCUGCUCACCCUCGGCGGAAAGCUCUUCGGCCGACAGCAGGACCUCGACGCGGCGCGCAGGCUCGUCGACGGCUGCGUGUGGACGUACAAGGCCCUGCCGCGCGGCAUCAUGCCCGAGACGUUUACCAUGCUGCCCUGCCCCCCGUCGACGUGCGCCUGGGACGAAGAGACGUGGAAGAAACAAGUCCUCGCCCGCGCAAAGGACGCAGGCGGCACCUCCGCAGACGCCGUCAUCGCACGCGACCGCCUGCCCAAGGGCUUCACCUCCAUCCCCGACAGGCGCUACAUCCUCCGCCCGGAAGCCAUCGAGAGCGUCUUCGUCUCCUACCGCGCCACCGCCCACCCUUCCCUCCCGGACGCCGCAUGGGACAUGUUCACGGCCAUCAACGCCACGACCAGCACCACGCUGGCCAACUCCGCCGUCUGGGACGUCACGCAGCCAGAGGACAAGGACGCCGGCAUGGCCGACUCGAUGGAGUCGUUUUGGAUGGGCGAGACGCUCAAGUAUUUCUAUCUCGUGUUUGCCGGCUGGGACGAGGCGGAUCUGGAUGAGUGGGUGUUUAAUACCGAGGCGCAUCCUUUUAGGCGGCUUUUGCCCUGA